GGCUGUUGUUGUUGUUGUUGAUGGUAAUGAUGAUGAUGGUGUGGGUGGUGCUGGAUUGGUGUAGAGUAGACCACUUGGCGUUGUUGUUGUUGUUGGUGGUGAUGCUGAGGAGGAUGAUGUUGAUGUUGGCUGGGAAGGGCCAUGUAUGGAGGCAGUUGGUAGUAUCCACCUGCUGCUGCUGCUGCUGCUGCUGCUGCAUGAUAAUAGGCAAAGGUGCUCGAAGGAGGAACAAGGGCGGCGGACAUGGAUGGCACAAUGACUUGAUUUUCGGUCAUUUCCUUUUGUUGUCGUGGUGUGAUCCGGUGCUGAAGGGCAGGACGAUGGACAGGAUAGUCGAAUGGUUGCUGUUGGUCUGGCUGGAAGCUCAUGGUGGUGGUAAUGAUGGAUGAGAGUAGAUGAUGCUAAUGAUGAUCGGGGAACUGGAGGAUAAGAAGGUGUGUGAACAAAGGGAAGGUGCAGUCGUAGCAGUGGGUAAGAAGAGGUUGUAGAAUGAAAGAAUAAAGAGCGAUCAAUGCAUCCAAGAAGGAAAGCAAGCAGAAGAGGAGGAGGAAGAAGAAGAAGAAGAAGAAAAAGAGGUAGAAAUGGGGAAAAAAGAAGAGAAGAAGGAGAGGGUCGAUGAUGGAAAGUGUAAUA